AUGGAACACUACUCGGCUAGGAAAAACAAGUGCAUCAUGAAUUUUGCAGGUAACACUGACCAAUUUAAACAGAAACAGGAGACGGGUUCCGUGUCAUUUGAGGACAUUGCUGUGGACUUCUCCUGGGACGAAUGGCAGCAUCUGGAUGUGGCUCAGAGGACUCUCUACAGGGACGUGAUGCUGGAGAACUACAGCAGUCUCCUGUUCUUGGGACAUUGCAUGACCAAACCUGAGGUGAUCUUCCAGUUGGAGCAUGGAUUUGAGCCAUGGCCUAUGGGAGACUCCUCUGUCCUCAGCCUUGCAGGUAUUCAUAAAAAGUCUGCCGGGAACGAGACUGGCCAGGAAAAUCACCAAGGGCAUUUGUGGCAAGUUGAAAUUACCAACGCCCAGACAUCAAAUGACAAAAUUGUUGAAGCAGACCUGAAUUUUGCACAGAAGAUCCAACCAGGGACAGCAUCCUAUGAAGAUAAAGAUGUUGUGAAGGCAUUUCUCCAGCAGUCACAGCACACAAGGAGUCAGAUGAGUUACUCAUGUAAGAAAAGCAUCCAAUGUAAGUCGCCUCUCAGUAACUGUCAGAGGCUUCUUAGUGAGGAGACGCAGUACACACACAGACCACGCAGGAAGUCAUACCUGACUGAACAGAGAAGUCACGAAGGGGAGAAGCCAUGUGAAAGCUCAGGAUGUGGGAAAGCUUCCCACACCAAGUCUCAGCAUCAGACCACUCAUAGAGAUGAGAAGCCCUACAAAUGUCUAGAAUGUGGGAAAUAUUUCUACUACAAGUCACAAAUCAUUGAGCAUCAAAGAAGUCAUACAGGGGAGAAGCCUUAUGGGUGUACAGAAUGUGGGAAAUCUUUCAGCUAUAAAUCCCAUCUCACUGUACAUCACAGAAGUCACACCGGUGAGAAGCGUCAUGAAUGUACAGAAUGUAGAAAAGUUUUUUACUACAAGUCCCAACUCACACAGCACCAGAAAAGUCAUACAGGGGAGAAGUGCUAUGAAUGUAUGCAAUGCCUGGAAGCUUUCUACUUCAAGAAACAACUUACACAUCAUCAGAAAACUCAUAGUGCUGAAAAGUGCUUUAAAUGUAAAGAAUGUGGUAAAACGUUCAACUGGAGGUCCAACCUUGCUGUUCAUCAGAAAAUUCAUAGUGGGGAGAAGCCCUUUGAAUGUAAACAAUGUGGAAAAGCAUUUUACUGCAAGUCCCACCUCACUGUGCAUCAGAGAACUCAUAUAAAUAAAAAGCUCUAUCAAUGUUCACAGUGCAGGAAAGCGUUCUACUCUCAGACACAGCUUGCUGUUCAUCAGAGAAUUCACACUGAUGAGAAGCCCUAUGAAUGUAAGCAAUGUGACAAAACAUUCUACAGCAAGUCUGGGCUUACUGCACAUCAGAAAACUCAUACGGGCGAGAAGCCCUAUGGAUGUAAAGAGUGUGGGAAAGCAUUCUAUAACAAGUACUUGCUCAUUGAGCAUCACAGAGUGCACACAGGUGAAAAGCCCUAUCAAUGUACAGAAUGCAAGAAAGCAUUUUUCUCCAAGAAACAUCUUUCUCUACAUCAGAAAACUCAUGCAAGUGAGAAGUCAUUUCAUUGUGCAGAGUGUGGGAAAGCUUUCUCCUGGAUGUCACACCUCACUCAGCAUCAGAGAAUUCACACAGGUGAGAAGCCCUAUGCAUGUGAACAGUGUAGGAAGACUUACUACUUUAAGAGACAACUCACUCGACAUCAAAGAACUCAUACACACGAGAAGUCAUGA